AUUCAAACACACAUACAUACCCUCUCUCUCUCUCUCUCUCUCUCCCCCCUCUCUCUCUCUACCCUCUCUCUCGCUCUCUUUCUCCCUCUACAGACCAUGAGCAGCAGCGGCGGUGGCGCUAGGGUUUCGAUCCCGGACAAUGUGCGGAAGACGAUUCAGAACAUCAGAGAGAUCAGCGGGAAGCAGCACACUGACGAGGAUGUCUACGCAAUGCUCAAGGAUUGCGCCAUGGAUCCCAACGAGACCGCCCAGAAGCUCCUCUAUUUAGACACAUUUCAUGAGGUCAAAAGCAAACGAGACAAGAGGAAGGAGACUACAAAUAGCAAGGUGCCUGAUUCUAAAUUGACAUUGGAUCAGGGACGAGGUGCUAGGGGCAAUAGAAAUCCUUCUGUUAGCCAUGCUUCAUCUGGAGGUCCGAAGAAUCCACCAUAUCAAAGGGAGAAAAGAACAAGUAACUUCACAGAGAGAGGUUCUGGACCUGCUCCUUUGCCCCAGCAAAAAACUAAAGAUAAUGCAGGAACUCAUGUGACAAAAGCUCCUGUUGUUGUGGCAAAUGGACCUUCUAAUUUAUCUAAUGGCAUCUCCACUUAUGCCCCUACUCCGGAGUCUUCUGUGGAUGAUAUUGUUAUAGUCUCUGAAGCUUCUGCUUCUGGUGUUUCCUCUGCCUGGGAUCCUGUAAUAGCUCCCCCUCUUCCCCGGCAGUCAAGUGCAGGUCCAGUCAAACGUGAAAUUGGGCUUAAGCGAAUGCCUUCUGCAAAUUCUGUGUACAAGAAGAAGGUUACCAAUAAAUCAGAAGCAACUGAGAAGGACCAAGGCUCUCAGCCUCCGCAGCCAUCAUUUACUGUAAAUGAGGAUCAAUCUUUGACCACUGAUCCAUCUUCAGGAAAGGUUGAUGGGCCAGUAGAAGAGGCUUCCAUCUCAUUAGAAGUGAUUACAUCUAAGGUUGCAUCUGUGAAAGUUGAAUCGGGCUCUCAAUCUUUGCCAACAUCAACUGUCACUGAUAGCCAACAUGUCACUUUUCCUAACCACUUUCAAGUCUCUGAAGCAUUCAAGAAUGGCUUGACUUUCGGAAGUUUCGAUGCCAAUUUUGGAGCAAGAACUGAGGUGGUUACUGACCCAGUUGGCAAUGAUAAAUCCAAUUUUGUUGCCGAAUCUUCUCAAGAAAGUGAUGAAAAUGUUGAGGAAUCUUCUCCAAGGAAUCAUCUUAUUGUUGAUAUUGGUGAUCAUCCCCAACCCUCAUCUCUUGGACAUGAAGAGGUGCCGCCCUCUUCAGAGGAGAAAGUUUUAGGCAGUGGGGACUUCACACAUGGAGAGCCAAAGCAGGACACUCUGUUGCCUCCAGAGGGCCCUCCAAAUCCUGUCGUACAAGAUGGCCCCAGCAAUAGUUUUGGUUUUAUACCACCCAUGCUGGCAAACCCAAAUGUUGUCCAUUCUGAAGGAUCUGAGCCUCAAGCAAGGGACAUUUCUCGCCCUUCAUAUUUUGUUAAUGGGAAUGGUCCCGUCCUUUCUAGCCCUAGUCCAACUCCGACUCCUGCUGCACAGAGUUCCAUGUCCGUGUCGCCACAACCCAUCCCUGUUUUCAGGCAGCCCUAUCCUCUCAACUACUUUCCUUAUGGUCAUUAUCUCACGCCGGUCUACAUGCCACCUAUUCAUCAGCUUCUGAGCCACAAUGCGUUUGCCCAGCAGCCCUCAGCUGGCAAUUUAUAUCUGCCACCAACUAUGUCUGCUCCUGGGGUCAAGCUCCCAUUCCCUAUGUUCAAGCCAGGAACUAAUACUGCCACUCCAAUUGGAAUUCCUUCCGGAUAUGGUGGAUAUGGUUCCACUUCAAUGGGCUACACUGCUAGUGCGGCUGUGACGUCUGGAACUUCUGCCAGUAACGAGGAUCUUGCAGCUUCUCAGUUAAAAGAAAACCAUAUCUACUCGACAGCACAGCUGAGUGAAGGUCCAGCUGUCUGGAUUCCCCCACUUGGUCAAGACCUCACGAGCCUGCAAGUGAACUCAUUGUACAACCUACCACAAGGACAGCACGUCACCUUCUCUCCAGCACAGGCUGGUCAUGGUGCCUUUGGGAUGCAACAGCCUCCCCAGACCAUGGCUGGUGCCCCUACUGCCCAUCCACUUCUUCAGCAAUCUCAGGGCGGGACUGUGGAGACCGUUGGACUACCCUCUGGUGCUUAUCAGCUUCCUCAACACGCUCAGAUUAAUUGGAACGCUAAUUUCUGAACAGGUAAGAGUUUUUUUUUCCUCAUCAAAGGGCAAACAACGAAGUCUCGCAUAAGAAAGAGUUGUAUCAGUUUGUAACAGAGGAAGGGAAGGGGCUGUUGCAGUAUUCUUUAUACUGUGCCUGUUGAGAGUGUAAAUACGCAAAAGAAAAACAGCCCAGGGAUAUUGGGGUGAUUACUUUUGGGAAGUUGGGGGAGAUAUAUUGUGCUGCUGACCUUUGCGAUCGAAAGGAAGGAGAGGAUUCUUUUGUUUCUCUUUUUUUUUUUUUUCUCGGUUUGGUUUGUCUACCGUCGUCUCUUUUGCCUUCUUCCGAUCUCUGCUUUUGUGUAGUGAGCCACUUGCUUAGUUUGAAAAAGGGAAGUGACUUGCUUAGUUCCUUCUCGAAGUGAAGUACUGCUUAUUAUUUUUGCUAAGGUCACUGGGAGUCGAGGAGAGUCCGAUAGAGGUUAGGUGGGAUCGCCAAUUUUUCCUUUUUCCCUGAUGUCUCACCUGUACAAUAACUCUUUGAUAGCAGCAAGAAGUGAUGAAGUAUACAGCUGUAAUUCGUAUGAUGGAGGACUAGAGAGGUCGUAUUUAGCUUCUAAUUUAGCAUUGCAUAUUGAUGGAAGUUUUUAUACUCUGUUCGUUGGUGAUGCUUAAGAUUAAAUGAUGACAGCUCUUUGGCAAUCCAUUCAUUGCUGUUCAAUUGU